AUGGAUACAACAGGCGAUCAAAUCGUACCGUCCACAAGCUUUUGGGUAAUGCAGUCACCAGAAUUAGAAUUUCGGCAUGAGCUGAUGGGGCGCAUAAAUAAAUUGGAAACCGAUGUCGAGCUGGACGUUGUACCGAGCAGUCAGCAUCAUCCAUCAUCCAGCUCGCCGCUGUCGACGUCCGGAUUAUCGAGCUACGCCAGCCAGGGUUACGAGCACUAUGGCAAGGAGUUUUUCUUCGGAAACAAACACCGGGAUAUGCUGUGCGCGGAAUCAGAAGACUCCUUCCUGCGGCCGGCGAUGUGGGAGGACAUCACGAGUUCGAUACAGAACAUCGACCCGGAGAACGCCAUCAUGCUUGGCAGCAUGAAUGGUAUCGCGCAGGUCAAGAUGGAAGCCGUCGAUGAUCACUUUCUGGAGCCGCUAUCCUCGCCACUGCUCAGCCCACUCGAGAUCAAGACCGAGAAGAGUAAUCUGCUGGCGGCGAAUGCUGCCAACCAUAACAACAAUAACAACAACAACCUUAGCCAUCUACACAACAACAAUAACAAUAACAACAACAGCAUCCACCAAAACCACAUGCACGCCGAUGUCACCAGCUGUCAAACGAAUGGCAGUAACAAUGGCGGUGCCGGCAACAAUGCUAGCAAUAAUUUCCUCUCAAACAGUGGUUCCGGGUAUGCGCACGCGCUCGAGACGGCUCAUGGUCAUCCGAACCAGCAUAAUCUCAAUGGCUACCUGGCUGGUACUGGGACUGGGAGUGGCUCCAAUCUGCAACUCCUCGCAAAUCACCCACCUCAACAGCAACAACAGCAACCACAGCACCAUCAGCCCCAGCAGCAUCAACCGCAUCAUCAACUGCAGCAUGUCCAGCAUCAACACCUGCAACAGCCGCAACACCAGCACCAGCAGCAACAACAACAACAACACCAUCCCCAGCAACACCUUCAGGUGAAUCAGAACAAUAAUUACUACCACUGGCAGCCGCAACCUCAGCAACAUCCACAACAUCAGAGUGCUGCAGGUGUUAACGGUUCCACCGGUCUAGGUCCACAACCUCCUGGUGCGAUGUAUCACGGCAAAUAUGCCCCAGCGCAAAGCACCAGUGUCUGUUCGACGCCAAUCUCGAGGCUAAUGUACGUUCCUCCUUUAACACCACCGAACUCCGAUCCCGGAAGUCCCGGCAACACACUACAGAAUGCGCCACGAAGGACACCUCCUCCACCGUACCAUCAGCAACAGCAGCAACAACAGAUGGCGUUGCAAACGAAUCACAUCCACCAUCACUCGCACACGACUGGCAUGCAGGUAGUUGGGCCAACAGUGGCACCUCCACUACACCAACAGUUGCCCCAAGGUUCCAGUAUGGCACCAAACUCGCUAGCUGGCAGCUCAAACGCCCUGCAUCCACUCCCACCGAUGCCGAGCUCACUUCCGACGACUUCCGUGUCAAGUGGAAGCUCCGGAACAACCGGAACCAACGGUCCACCAGUGUCCUCACGCUCAGGAGGUUCCUCGCGAGGACCGAGCUCAAAGCGACAAGGCUCCGCACACAGCAUCAACAGCGUACUUAGCAGCGUCGGUGUGGUGAAGCACAUCGUGGGCCGUUACAACCGACGCAACAAUCCGGAGUUGGAAAAGCGACGAAUACACCACUGUGAUUUUAUCGGUUGCACGAAGGUGUACACCAAAAGCUCGCAUCUGAAGGCACAUCAACGAAUCCAUACCGGUGAAAAGCCGUACACCUGCCAGUGGCCAGAGUGCGAGUGGCGUUUCGCAAGAUCCGACGAGCUGACGCGCCACUAUCGCAAGCACACCGGCGCCAAACCGUUCAAGUGCAUCGUCUGUGAACGCAGCUUCGCCCGCAGUGACCACUUAGCGCUUCACAUGAAGCGGCACCUACCAAAAAAUAAGUAA